CUCCAAGCUCCGCCCUCCGUCGCAUCUCGUCACUCCGCCAUACGUCGCUUCUCUUUCUUCAGCUGGCGCCGUCCCUUCACUGCUGCAUUUUCACAUUAAUAUUACUAGCUUUGUCCGGUAGCUUUGAAUGGCGAGUGACGAUGAUCCAGUGAAGAAGAACCAAAUUGUAGAGGCGAGAGCAAGAAGCAUCAGUCACAAUGUAAGGUGUACAGAGUGUGGGAGUCAAUCCAUUGAAGAAUCUCAAGCAGACGUUGCAAUUCUGCUCAGAAAGUUAAUUCGAGAUGAAAUUCGGUCCGGAAAGUCUGACAAGGAGAUCUACAAGAAACUCGAGGAUGAUUUUGGCGAGACUGUACUUUAUGCACCAAAGUUUGAUAUGCAAACAGCAGCUUUGUGGUUAUCACCGGUGCUAUUUGCAGGUGCAGCUGCUGGAGUAUGGGCUUACAGUAAGCAUAGACAAAAGACUAAUGUUCAUAUCAUGGCUUUGAAUCUUGUUAGAGGCAUUCCAUUGACUCCAAGAGAGAAGGAAACCAUGCUUGAUGUUCUUACACCGCCUCCUUCUCAGGUAGCAAGAACUUCUUCGUGGUGGCGGAGAUGGCGAGGUCAAUGAUCCCGUUGAUUAUAUCAUCCUGUAAUGGCUCUAAUCCUUGCUUGGGUAACUUGGUGAAUUUUAUGGAUAGAAAGAAAUAAAAUAUCAAGUUGAAGAGAAAAUUUGAUGUAAUUUAUUAAGGUAGAAUCAGUAAUUCAUUUCCAAGACAAUGUUAUUAGUGGCAUUUACAUAGACUAUGAUGUAUUGUCAAAUAUUUUAAUAGUGUUUUACUAUUAAAAAAGUUAUAAGGGGAAUUGUAGCACUU